UCUUAUUAGCUCAAAUAUUCGGUUCCCAACCUUCCAAAAUGGCACUUACAUUCAGAAUCAGACUCUUUGCUCUAUCUUUAAUAUGCAUGUUGAUAUUCUGCUGCUACUUAGGUAAGGCCGCUGAAGAUGUCCCUCAAACUGGCCCUGGAGCAAGCGAUCCCGCUCAAAUAGUUGCAAAGGCAUUGCUAUGUUUCAAUGAUAAACAGAUUUACAGCAGCUGUGCAGAAUCUUACAGGCUGACCGUGAGUGGCAACCUGGAUGUCCCAUCACAAUACGCUGAUGAGUUCUGCACCGGGCCAUGCCUGAACGAGACACACCUGGUGCUCAAGUGCAUAGAGUUCAUUAUGACAAACUUUGAGUUCUAUAACAAGGCCACAAUUCAGGACAUCAGGGACACCAUCCAGGCGGGAUGUGGAUAUGGCCCUGAGAGAGGAAAGUUCAAUGUCACGGAGCACCGUGAACCUGAGGAAAGCAGCACAAACAAGGCAACCAUCCGCGUUCUGGUUUCUCUUGGUUUGAUGGUCAUAGGGCCGAUUUUAUUCUUCUGAAUUCAGAUAUGUUCCUAUAACAAGGAUUGCUAAAGAAACCAAUGUGUUAGGAGAAUUGAAGAAAAGCAUAAAUAAAUAAAACAUAUUGCAUUUG